UUCGGCCGCCCCGGCCGGCGCGUGACGUCGGCGCGUCCCGCGGUCCCGGCGGCGGGGCCGGAGGGAGCGGCAGGUGGCGGCGGGCGGAGCGGAGCGGGCCCGAGCGGGGCUGAGCCGAGCGGCGCGGGCCGGCCCGGCGGGUGAGUCCCCGCGCCGCCGCGGACGCGCCCGAGCUGGAGCGGUCGGGGGGAGGCGGUGGCGGUGGCGGCGACGGCCUCAGCCACCAAAGGCCGCUCCGACAGCGCCCCCUGCGCGGCCGCCCGAGGCCGGAGCGGCGCCGCCUCCCCUCGCCCCUCCGCCGCCGGCCGAGCUGGAGUGGGCGCCGCAGCCUUCCCGCGCGGCUGCUGCCUCUGGACGGUGGGCUACUCAAAAAUAGAUUCUGAAGCAUCUCUAGAAAUGCGGUACCAAAAAUCACAGCGUGAAAUAGUAUUGAAGACAUGCUGAAAUCUGAAUCUUCAUUUGUUUGCAGGGAAGCUGAAACGCUGUAGUGUACCACUGAGCAGGACAAGUCAGGAAUGAGCCAGCCUUGGGAAGGAGGACCUGCCAUCCUAGCUGGAGACAUCUGAAGAGAGGACAUUUCAGUCUCGUGGCAUGCUUCAGUAGAAAUUACUAAGAAAAAGAUGGCUGGCUGUGGUGAAAUAGAUCAUUCGAUCAACAUGCUUCCCACAAAUAGGAAGACAAAUGAGUCAUGUACCAAUGCAGCACCUUCCCUGCAAGUCCCUGAAUGUGCUAUCUGUCUGCAAACGUGUGUCCAUCCAGUAAGUCUGCCCUGUAAACAUGUUUUCUGCUAUCUGUGUGUUAAGGGCGCUUCUUGGCUUGGGAAACGAUGUGCACUCUGCCGACAGGAGAUUCCUGAGGAUUUCCUUGACAAGCCAACCUUACUGUCACCCGAAGAACUCAAAGCAGCAAGCAGAGGCAAUGGAGAAUAUGCUUGGUACUAUGAAGGUAGAAAUGGCUGGUGGCAGUAUGAUGAACGUACCAGCAGAGAGCUGGAAGAUGCCUUUUCCAAGGGUAAAAAGAGCACUGAAAUGCUAAUUGCUGGUUUUUUAUACGUGGCAGACCUUGAAAAUAUGGUUCAGUAUAGGAGAAAUGAGCAUGGACGUCGCAGAAAAAUAAAACGGGACAUAAUAGAUAUACCAAAGAAGGGAGUGGCUGGGCUGAGGCUGGACUGUGACACCAACACUGUCAACCUGGCACGAGAGAGCUCCGCUGAUGGUGCGGACAGCACACUGACUCCAGGGGCUGCAGCUGUGCAGCCUCUAGCAUCCAUUUCUGUGAGGCCCCUACCAGCACUAGAUGGUCAGCUCGUGAGCCCUUCGACGCCAUCACCUGAUGCAAGCAACUCUCUAGAGAACUCUUUUGCCCAGUUGCAAAUAAAUGGAGACAGUAUGGCUGAAAGGAGUCACAGGGGAGAGGGAGAAGAAGACCACGAAUCAUCAUCUUCUGGUAGGGUGCCAGCCCCCGACACCUCUGUUGAGGAGACCGAAUCGGAUGCCAGCAGCGACAGUGAGGAUGUGUCUGCCCACCUUCAGCAACACCCGUCCUCUGGUCAGCAGAGACACUUGAAUACUGGUGCAAGCCAGGCAGGAGCAGAUAGACCAGGGGCAGGGGGUGGGGUGGCAAACGCAAGUGUAAGAUCUAGAAGGCCAGAUGGACAGUGCACAGUCACUGAAGUUUAAAUCUAGAGCCAUGCGCAAAAAAAAAAAAAAACUCAGCUGUAAUUUUCUGUAAAUUUUCUGUCCACAUUGGCAUUGCACUCAAACCUAGCAGUGUGUUUGGUGGGAGGGUGGGGUGAAGGGGAGAAAACAGAUUUGGCCUGUUGUAACUUAAGUCUCUUAACAUGUCUCAGCUGGAAGACUCUUUAACUCUAGGAAACUGGGUUGUCCUGUUAAUGGUUUGAAAGCUGUUUAGCAAUGCCCAGUUUUCUUGGAAAUGUCUUGUGUUUAUUUUGUAGCAUUUUCCCCUUGAAGAUACUCUAUCCCUUUUUGGCCAAUGUAUAUCUACUGUACAACCUGAAUUGUCUUCAUUAUCUGACUGUUGCAUUAAGUGUCUUACUACUUUCUGCAUGGAUUGAUGUAUGAAAAGAACACUAAAGCUACGUGGAAUCAGGCAAGGUGUUGGGUGUGAGCAGGAUGCUUAAUUUAAUGUGAGAAAAUAGAUGUGAGUUUGGAGUUAAAAAGUGUUUUUACUAGACAAGAGCAAUCAUUUACUUCUUUCAAUGGAAAUGUAAAAAUGCUGUUAACUUGUGUUGCAAAUCCUUACCUUUACACUUUCCAUGGCUUUUUCACUGGCUUUGCCAUCUAGUCCUUGUAGUUUUGUUUAUUGAGAUCUUUCUUGAUCUGUCUUGUUUUUGUUACAGAAUUUAUAAUUUAAUAAAACUACAUUUUAUCAGUAACAAUCUCA